AUGGCCCAGAACCAUCAGGAGCUGUUGCUGCUGCUGCACCUGCAGCAGCUGCGUGCGCAGCAGCAGCAGCUGUUGCUGCAGCAGCAGCAACAGCAGCCCAGCUUUCUGCCGGAUGAAGGCGGUGCAGCAGCAACAGCAGCAGCAGCAGCAGCAGCAACAGCAGCAGCAGCAGCAGCACCCAACAGAGCAGAUGUUGAGGUCGUGUUGGAUGCAACAGAGUCAGAGAGCGGCGACUCCGUGCAGAGCAGCCACGACACCGCGAGUGAAGCUCAGCAGCAGCAGCAGCAGCAGCAGCAGCAGCAGCAGCAGCAGCAGCAGCAGCAGCAGCAGCAGCAACAAAAUAAGCAACUAAAUAGGAAAAAUAAAGAUAUAAAUAAAUAA